AUGUCGACAUCAAUGGUCGCCUUGAAAAAGGAUCUUCGCAAGAAAAUAAGGUUAAUACUAUCAGAUCUCCCCGAUGCAGCUGCAGCGUCGCAAACAUCCAAUGCAGUGAAAACAUUGCUUUCCCUUCCAGAAUACAAGGCAGCAAAACGUAUCAGCGUCUACCUGUCAAUGCCUUCGGGCGAAAUAUCGACUACCGGUAUUGUGCACGAUGCCUUGAAGCAAGGGAAACAGGUCUUUAUUCCUUAUACAUACAAGUUGCAAGCACCCAAAGAGAAUGAGCCAAAAUCAAUCAUGGAUAUGGUUGAAUUGAGGUCACUGAAAGAGCUUGAGUCGCUUGAGCCAGACAAUUGGGGUAUCCCCACGCCGAGUGAGGAAUCGAUAUCAUCACGUGCGAAUUCGUUUGGGGGUGUGGGCUUGACGGGUGGAGAGGCGCGCUCGGAGAGUAACUUGGACUUGAUUGUGAUGCCUGGGAUGGCGUUUGAUUCUGGUUUUGGUCGGCUUGGUCACGGCAAAGGGUUCUAUGAUUACUUCCUACGGCGGUGUGAACAAUCGUCGAGGAUGCCUUUUCGUGUUGGCCUCUCUCUAACCGAACAAUUACUUCCUUCGAACCAGUCUGUCCCUAUGGAUUCCACAGACUUUCGCCUUGACGCACUCAUCUUAGGUAAUGGCGAGCUCCGCCGACCCGCUGUUUAAA